CCGCUUACGCUCCUCCUUCAGGAUUUGUAGCCGUUAACGUUAGCACCCAUCACUGCUGCCGGGCAAACUGCGGACGCACAGAAAAUGCGAGAGUCAGAGGAGCAUGCCGCUGUGGUGAUUUCGGGAACAGAGUUGGCUCGUCAGCUCCACAGAGAAAUCCAGCGUGAUGUGGAAGAGCUGGUAGCUCAGGGCAACAUGAGACCCCACCUAGGAGUGGUCUUAGUCGGGGACGAUCCCGCCAGCCGCACCUAUGUUAAGAACAAGACCCGGGCAGCCAGCAUCCUGGGUAUUUCCAGUGACACAGUGGUUCGGCCGAGCUCGGUGUCCCAGGAGGAGUUGCUGGAGCUGAUUGACAAGAUGAAUCGUGACUGGAGGGUCAGCGGCCUGUUGGUGCAGCUGCCGCUUCCCGAGCACAUCAAUGAGCGAGCAGUAUGUAAUGCCAUUGCUCCAGAAAAGGAUGUGGAUGGCUUCCAUAUUGUGAAUAUCGGUAAGCUGUGUCUGGACCAGAGAUCCAUGGUGCCUGCCACACCUGCAGCGGUCUGGGAGAUCAUCAAAAGAGCAGGUAUUGAAACAGUGGGAAAGAAUGUGCUGGUUGCUGGCCGCUCCAAAAAUGUUGGAAUGCCCAUCGCAAUGUUGCUGCACACCGAUCGCAACCAUGAACGCCCCGGGGGUGAUGCUACAGUGACCAUUGCCCACAGAUGUACACCGAAGGAACAGCUGAAGGAGCUAACCAGCCUGGCUGACAUCAUUAUUGCAGCUGCAGGUGUGCCGGGGCUGAUCACAGCAGAUAUGGUAAAAGAGGGCGCAGCAGUUAUCGACGUGGGCAUAAACCGCAUCAAGGACCCAAAAACGGGGAAACUCCGGCUCAUCGGUGACGUGGACUUUGAGGGAGUGAAGGAGAAGGCAGGUUAUAUCACACCUGUCCCUGGAGGUGUUGGGCCGAUGACAGUCGCUAUGCUGAUGAAGAACACUGUGACUGCUGCCAGAAACGCACUGAUGCAUUAAACACCCACAUUCUAAAGCUUUUAGUGUUACUGAAUGAUAUACAGUACAAACAGUGUAUGCAUACAUACACAUAUGCACAUGCAUUCAUUUAGAUUUACACACACACACACACACACACACAUACACACACACACAUACACUCACUUUUAUUUAACAACCCAUGAUCUCAUGACUCCACACCUGCUGGAAAACUUACUUGACAUGUACUUUGUUUAUAUUGUGAAUUUGUUCAUUUAUUUAUUUAAGUUAUUUAUUUCAGAGU